AGCGCGGAGCUCGCGCGGAGCAGGUGCAUCACAUAUCUCCAGCGGACACGUGCAUGCAGUGCAGGCAGCUGGAGCAGAAAGUCCGUUUCUCGAGCUUCGUUAUUUUCACCAGUAUCUGUCUAGGUGAAGACACAGGGCUCAGGCAUAGUUUGAAUACUGAUGUGUACGUGGUUACUUAUCUAGAGUAGUUCAAAUAAGAUGCGCUUUUCUCGAAAUGCGACAGUUUCGGCUUGUUUGUGUGUGUUUUUAUGAGUAUUGUUAAUAGUUAAAUACAUUUUAUUUUUUCCUGGUAACAUGCGCACUCCAUAAAUAUGGGACUUGCCGUUUUCGGUGUCUGUUCACGCGCUCAUUCCACGCAAAUAUCACUCUGUUGCUGUACAAAGCGAAACCAACCUAGGCUCCAGGACAAGCGGGGCAAUGAUGUUGCUGGUCAGAAAAAGCGUCCUGCUGUUUUUCAUUCAGACCUGCCUAUGCACAGGCUCUCGGUUGCGUCUGGAGGACACUCCGCCUCGGAUUGUGGAGGACCCGUCUGAUCUAAUUGUGUCUAAAGGUGAACCAGCCACGCUGAACUGCAAAGCUGAGGGUCGACCUAUGCCAAAUGUGGAAUGGUACAAAGAUGGAGAACAUGUAGAGACAGAUAAAGAUGACCCACGUUCACAUCGCAUGCUGUUGCCCAGUGGCUCGCUCUUCUUCUUGCGCAUCGUUCAUGGCCGCCGCAGCAAACCUGAUGAAGGCGUCUACACCUGUGUAGCCCGUAACUACCUCGGCGAGGCAGUGAGCCGCAACGCCUCACUGGAAGUGGCCACACUGAGAGAUGAUUUCCGCCAGGCCCCGAGUGAUGUGGUGGUUGCUGCCGGUGAGCCUGCCGUGUUGGAGUGUGUCCCACCACGCGGUCAUCCAGAGCCCAGCAUCUCCUGGAAGAGGAACAACGUCCGAGUGAGCGACAAAGACAGCAGGAUCACUAUGCGCGGUGGCAAGUUGAUGAUCUCACACACCCGGAAGAGUGAUGCAGGCAUGUACGUGUGCGUGGGCUCCAACAUGGUGGGCGAGAGGGACAGUGAUCCGGCUGAGCUGGUGGUUUUCGAGAGACCAGUGUUCAUCCGUAGGCCGGUGAAUCAAAUAGUCCUGGCAGAGGAAACAGUGGACUUUCUCUGUGAGGUCCAUGGAGAUCCAGCUCCCACUAUCCGCUGGAGGAGGGAAGGAGGAGAGCUACCCCGAGCCAGAUUCGAGAUCCGCAGUGACAACACUCUCCGUCUGGCAAAGGUGCGAGAGGAGGACGAGGGGACGUACACAUGUGUGACGGAAAACAGCGUGGGGAGAACGGAGGCUUCAGCGACGCUGCAGGUCCACGUUCCCCCACAGAUUGUCCUUCACCCUCAGGACCAGGUGUCAGCCAAAGGACAGACCGUCACUUUCCGAUGUGGCACAAAAGGCAACCCUCCUCCAGCACUUUUCUGGCAGAAAGAAGGGAAUCAGAUGCUGCUAUUCCCAGGGCAGCCUCCCUCACAAGUUGGACGCUACUCUGUGUCCAUGAGCGGCGAGCUAAUCAUCACUGCUGUCCAAAGUGAAGAUUCUGGGUACUACAUAUGCCAAGCCAUCAGCGUGGCAGGCAGUACUGUCUCCAAAGCAUUCUUAAAGGUCGUUACUGGAACAUCAGACUUUAUUUCCCCCAUCAUCCACCAAGGCCCAGGUAACCAGACAUUGGCACGGGGCUCCAGUGCCAAGCUCCAUUGCCAUGUAAUGGGAAACCCACCUCCCAGCAUCAGGUGGGAGAAGGACGGACAGAGACUCUCAGCAGACGGAAUCCACAUCAGUCUGAUUGAAAAUGGAACUUUACACAUCAGCAGCUUGCAGGAGACCGACUCAGGGAUGUACACGUGCAUAGCCUCCAGUUCCGCAGGAGAGACGAGGUGGAGCGGCACCAUCACUGUGAGAGAUACAGAGACGUCAUCCCUGGUCCGGCUGUCUCAGACCCUGCAACUGCCUGGUCCCCCGCUGAAGCCCGCCGUGACGGACGUGAGCCAGAGCAGUGUGACGCUGACGUGGCAGCCCAAUCAGCACGAAGGAGGUGCUGCCGUCACCUCCUACAUUAUCGAGGCUUUUAGUCAGUCAGUGGGAAGCACAUGGCAGACUGUUGCCGAUCAGGUGAAGCAAGAGAAACACACAGUGUCUGGACUUAUCUCCAACACUGUUUACCUUUUUAUUGUCCGAGCAGUGAACUCAUAUGGCCUAAGUGACCCAAGCCCCAUCUCAGAGCCUGUCAGAACACAAGAUGGCAGUCCUAGUAGUUCACCAGUCGAUCACAGACAGGUGCAGGCGGAUUUAGCCGAGGUUAUGGUGAAUCUGCAUCCUCCAAAGAUCCUGACUCCCACCAGCGUACAAAUCACAUGGACUGUUGAACGUGAGCCUUACUACAUUCAGGGUUACAGGUUGCUGUACAGGCCGUCAGGCAGUGCCUGGAUGGUUCAGGACAUAAAGGCAGCAUCCAAACAUGCAGCAGUGUUAUCAGAGCUUCACAGAGGCAAAGAGUAUGAGCUCAAAUUGAGGCCCUACUUCAAAGAGUUCCAGGGCUCUGACAGUGAGCUUGUAGUGUUCCGCACCCCAGAGGAGGUAAUAAGCGGCCCCCCUCAGGCCGUCAGUGUGGUUCAGUUAAAUAACAGCUCCACAGUGCGGGUAACCUGGGAGCCCCCUUUUGCUGAUAACAAAGAUGAGCCCAUUUUGGAGUACAAGGUGUGGUGUGUGGGGAAUGUGUCAGGACUUCAGAUGGAGUUAAACCAAAGUGUGAGUGGGGAAGUUCUCCACGUGUUGUUGGAUGACCUGGUGCCCGAGAUGCUGUACAGCGUGCAGGUGGUUGCAGUGACCAGCGAAGGAGCCGGAGAACCCAGCGAACCAGUAUUUAUUCUCAUAACCCCUGUGGGGGAGCCCUCAUUGCCUGUGCUGAAUGAUGACAGCAGCAAUCUUUCGGCGCACAUUGCAGCACUGUUCAGGCAACCAGCUUUUAUUGCCACUCUGGGUUCAGCCUGUUGGAUGGUGCUGAUGGGCUUAAGUGCCUGGAUCUACUGCAGACACAAGAGAAGGAAAGAACUCGGCCACUAUGCCACCUCUUUUGCCUACACACCUGCAGUUGGCCUCACCAGUGGUAAUGGAUCAGGACUUAGCAAUGGAAGGCCAUGCUUGCUUGGAUCCAAUAUCGUUAACUAUCCCUGGCUGGCAGAUUCUUGGCCGAACAACAACUUUAACCAGAGCAGUAAAGACUCCUUGAAUUGCUGCACUGGCAAACCUGACUCCACAGACAGAUAUUACAACACUGCAGGGGCAAGCUUCCAGAGGCCAAACCAAACAUGCAGCCCAACAUCCAAUGAAGGCGCCAUCUACAGCACUAUAGACAGAACUAACGGGUCACAGCAUGACCUGAGUAGUGUUUACUCUCAUGAUCUCUACACCAGCUCACCAGUCCUGUCCAAACCUGACCUCGACCAGUGGAGCUUACAGUCUGACCUCAGCAGCACAGCUGAAUAUGCCCAACUCCAGUACCCAAUGGGCAAGGAUAAUGUGGAAAUGCAGAAGCCCUGUGAGUCAGCGACAUAUAACUGGUCCAAUGUUUUAUCCCUUCCACCGCCGAAUGCUCGAGAACAGAGACAGCCGCCCAGGUGUGAGGAUGAUGAAGACUGGCAUGGUCCUCUGCCAGAGAGGACCUAUCGGAUGGAGGGUGUGGAGAAUGCAGCUACAUUGCCUCUGAGAGGAGAGCGCUGUGGGCGAACUUCCACCUACAGCCAGCCGUUCACAGUCACACUAAAUCCAUCUCCCAGUGAGGAACAAAUGCCAGUUAAUCCAUGUUUGCAGCAUCCUGACUUGCUUCUUCGCAGUAAGGGGCCAUGUGCACCAAAUUUCAGAUCAGCUCAGCCCAAGCCAAACCUACUCACCAACCUGGAAUCACAUAAUUUCAGCCUUCCACGUCUGCCAGGCCACUGGAGAGACAUCUACAAAGCGGAAAGGUCUCAGAACUUAAAAGGUGAAAUUGCUUUAUUCGUGUGUGAGAAAUCGAGUCCAUCCCCCAUAGCACAGCAACGGUCCAAAAAGACAUCAUUCAGAGAUGGACCUCGGAGAAAAGAAACCUUAAAAUCAGGAGAUCUGCCUCCUCCACCUGAACCCCCUCCUGCAGAAGGCACUCGGGUAGACCUGGGAGCCAUGUCGAAGGCCAGAGCACAGCCACCUAGCCGAGAAUGGAGGGCAGAUCAGAGAAUGCAUAGCCAGUGGAGCACAGAAGAUGAGAAGGUUAUGCAUUACAGUCUGAAUAUGCAGUCCCAGAAUCAAAUGCCCAGUCAGUGUUCUCCUCCAGCACCUUCCAGCUCUAGCUCUCGUCCCUCUACAGCUUCCCACACUAGGAGGAAAAAGGAGGUGGGCUGAGGAUGUAAGCACAUUUCUUUGUAACAUAUGAGUUGAAGAUGAUGAUGAAUUUCUUCUCAGUGUCCAGCUGUGCCAUGUGCUCUGACAAACUUUUAUUGCAACAUGAGGUCCAGUAGAACACAUGAGCCAUACAAUUGUCUGUGUUUCUCAUCCACUUCCUUGCUAUUUCUUUAUGUAUUCUGUUGAUAUUUUUGUAUGACUUUCUAUGUUAAACACCUGUUUUUAUGCAUAUAAUAUUUUUGACUAUGCUUUGUGUGAGAAAUUUUAUUUAAGAUUUUAUUUGUCAAAAUGUUCCUGAAUGUAUUUUUUUCUGUUUACAUUUGUACUUCAAUGUUUACAUUCAAUUCAACGCUGUUUACCUUGUGUAAUACUAGAGUCUCUGCGUCUAAACCCAUAACAGGUUUCUGGUAGAAUAGUACAGCAGGGUAAGAUCCAGCAUCACUGCUUCAAAUCCGUCCACACUGCAAAACUGUCAUGGGCUCUGGAGAGAUGUGUCUCGCCUACUGAGCCGCGCUGCUGACAUGCCCAUAAAGAAACCUUGCAAGCUAGAGUGCAAAUGGAAGUAAGCAGGGCAUGUUAUUGUUAUAGGAAUGAGAUGAUUGUGUUGACCACAUUAGCAUUAAAAUUGUUUGUCUUUUGUCGUAUUUUGGAUUGUGCAAGAAAAUACAAUAAAGGAAAUGUUAAAA